AUGUCUCGAUUACAGUAUGACAUCGCCAUAUUACCCCAUGACGAACCCAGUGUACGUCAAUGGGCGGCCAGAUUCAUCGAAUUUCGCCUAGGGGCUCUCAAAGCAGCCCCUGCAAGCUUCUCGUCAUCGUAUGAGAAAGAAGCCCGCAUCUCCAAAGCACAAUGGAUUUCACUCCUCUGCGAGCCUGCUUACAGGGUCGUGGUCGGCAUAAUUCGUACAGAUGAUCAGCAUGCGCUCCCUGUAUGGGAACGUGAAUGGGUGUUGAUUUCAAACCUCUAUGGACCUCGCUGUCACCACCAACCUUAUCAUGACCACGCCGGCGAUUGUCAAGAGAUGUCAUGGUAUCUGGCAGCCGCCUUUGUUUCUGCUCAACACCGCCAAGGUGGCAUAUUACGCGAGGCAUUUCUUGCUUGCGAGCGAGCAGCCGUAAGCGAGGACAAAAAAUUAUUCCAAAAGCGACAACACGCUCAGCCUCUGCGCCUAUACAGGCAUCGAUCAAAUCAGUUCCGAACGCGUUUACUGGCCACCACUCAGUCUAAGAGUCCGGCCUUACUGAAUUACUAUCGAUCGGUGGGACUCGAAAUUUCACAUACACUCAUGCUGCGGGAUCUUGCUGAAUGGCGGUGGAAAAUUGCCCUGGACCCCGAUGGGUUAGACAAGGAGGUCACUGUGAUGGAGAAGAUUAUUCCAUGGGAGGCUCAGCCAUUGGCCCGGCUGUAA